AUGACCUUACCGGACGGAUCAUUCCAAAUACUUCGGCUGAAAAAGGGAGCUUACGGCCCAAGCUUUUCAACGAGCUUGAUUUCCUUCCAAACCCUACGAGAUGAAGGAAUCUAUUGGGACACCUUCUCGGAGCCUACAAGGCUAGUACGGCGGAACCAAACGAUAGGGAUUCUUCAAAGGAAAUACCGUCAAUUCGUCCUGGAAUUCAGGCCAACAGCAGAAGCGGAGACCGUCAAUUUCGACACAGUCUUCCAAGCAACAAAAUCUCGAAGGGCCGGGACCAAAGACCCUCGCCCGGCCAGCCAAGGAGACGGCAACCUCUGGCACGCCCGCCUCGGUCACCCGGGCCCACUGGCCCUCCACAAGCUAGGCCUUCGGAACGGGGUUCGAAUCAAGGGGCCAAAGACUGUGGAGUGCGAAUUCUGUGCUCAGGGGAAGGCCAGGAAACAAAUUUCCCGCAGACCCCCUGACCGGGAAAGAAAUAGCCCUUGUCACGAGAUUUGGAUCGACUGGACCGACCUUUCCGCAGACCACGAAGACUUCGUCCGUGUGAUGUUUAUCACAGACGCCUUUACAGGAAUGGUUUUCCCCUAUUUUAUGCGGACCUACCAAGAGAAGCAUAAUUGGGCUGUGUUGAGGGAUUUUGUCCAUUGGAUGAAAGACCGAUACGGCUUCGAAGUGAAGAUCAGAUCGUGGAAGCCGCAUGUUAUCUUCGAAAUCGAACUCCAAGAGAGCCGUCUCACGAAGAGAGCAUGCAAGUGA